UCUCACUAGAGAAGCCUGGUUGCUAGGAACAGCUCAAGGGGUCACCAUGUUCUUCAUAGUCACGGCCCUUCUCUGCUGUGGACUGUGCAAUGGGGUAUUGACAGAAGAGACUGAAAUAAUCAUGCCAACCCCUAAGCCUGAGCUCUGGGCAGAGACCAACUUCCCUCUGGCCCCGUGGAAGAACUUAACCCUCUGGUGCAGAAGCCCUUCUAGCUCAACUAAGGAGUUUGUGUUGCUGAAGGACGGGACCGGGUGGAUCGCAACUCGCCCGGCCUCAGUGCGGGUCCGGGCUGCCUUUCCCCUUGGCGCUCUGACCCAGAGCCACAUCGGGAGUUACCACUGCCAUUCGUGGGAGGAGAUGGCUGUGUCGGAGCCCAGCGAGGCACUUGAGCUAGUAGGGAGAGACAUCCUUCCCAAACCUGUCCUUUCGGCAUCGCCCCCAGUCAGGGGCCAGAAACUGCAAAUUCGGUGCAAAGGAUGGCUGGCAGGCAUGGGCUUUACUCUGUAUAAGGAGGGAAUGCAGGAACCUGUCCAGCAACUUGGUGCUGUUGGGAGAGAAGCCUUCUUUACAAUCCAAAGAAUGGAGCAUAAAGAUGAAGGCAAUUAUAGCUGCCGCACUCACACUAAAAGGCACCCCUUCAAGUGGUCUGAGACCAGUGAGCCCCUGGAGCUUGUCAUAAAAGAAAUGUACCCCAAGCCCUUCUUCAAGACACAGGCCAGCCCUGUGAUCUCUCCUGGUGCCCGAGUGACUUUCAAUUGCUCCACCCCCCACCAGUACAUGAGCUUAAUUCUUUACAAAGAUGGAAGUGAAAUAGCAUCCAGUGACAGGUCUUGGGCGAGUCCAGGGGCCAGUGCAGCACACUUUUUGAUCACUUCGGUUGGCAUUGGUGAUGGAGGGAAUUACAGCUGCCGCUACCAUGACUUUGCCAUCUGGUCCGAGCCUAGUGACCCCGUGGAGCUCGUGGUGACAGAAUUCUACCCCAAACCCACUCUCCUGGCACAGCCGGGUCCUGUGGUACUUCCUGGGAAGAAUGUGAAACUGCAUUGCCAAGGGGCUUUCCAAGGCAUGAGGUUUGCCCUCUUGCAGGAGGGAACCCAAGUUCCCUUACAGUUCCAGAGUGCCUCAGGGAACUCAGCUGACUUCCUUCUUCACACUGUUGGAGCACAGGACUCUGGGAACUACAGCUGUGUCUACUAUGAGACAACCAUGUCAAACAGGGGGUCAUAUCUCAGCAAGCCCAUUAUGAUCUGGGUGACUGACACAUUCCCCAAGCCAUGGUUGUUUGCUGAGCCCAGUUCUGUGGUUCAUAUGGGGAAGAAUGUUACUCUCUGGUGCCAAGGGCCAGUGCAUGGAGUAGGGUACAUUCUGCACAAAGAGAGAGAAGCCACUUCAAUGCAGCUCUGGGGAUCCACCAGUAAUGAUGGGGCAUUCCCCAUCACCAAUAUAUCUCGUACUAGCAUAGGGCGUUAUAGCUGCUGCUACCACCCUGACUGGACCACUCCUAUCAAGCUACAGCCUAGCAACACCCUGGAACUCAUGGUCACAGGUUUGCUCCCCAAACCUAGCCUAUCAGCCCAGCCUGGUCCUAUUGUGGCCCCUGGAGAAAAUAUGACUCUACAGUGCCAAGGGGAGCAGCCAGACUCAACAUUUGUCUUAUUGAAGGAGGGUACUCAAGAGCCCUUAGAGCAACAGAGGCCAAGUGGGUACAGGGCUGACUUCUGGAUGCCAGCAGUGAGAGGUGAAGAUUCUGGAAUCUAUAGCUGUGUUUAUUAUUUGGACUCUGCUCCCUUUGCAGCUUCUAAUCACAGCGACUCCCUGGAGAUCUGGGUAACUGAUAAGCCCCCUAAACCCUUCCUGUCAGCCUGGCCCAGCACCAUGUUCAAGCUAGAAAAGGACAUCACCCUUCAGUGCCGAGGACCACUGCCAGGUGUUGAAUUUGUCCUGGAGCACGACGGAGAAGAAUCACCUCAGCAAUUCUCAGAGAAUGGAGACUUCGUCAUCAGCAACAGAGAAGGAAAAGGCAUCGGCAACUACAGCUGCAGCUACCGCCUUCAGGGCAACCCGGACAUCUGGUCAGAGCCUAGUGAUUCCCUGGAGCUGAUGGGGGCAGCAGGGCCUGCUGCCCAGGAGUGCACUGUGGGGAACAUUGUCCGAAGUGGCCUGAUUGUGGUGGUGGUUGUAGCUUUGGGGGUGGUGCUAGCCAUAGAGUGGCCUCGACUCCGAACCAGGGGCUCAGAGACAGAUGGGAGAGGCCAGACCAUAGCCCUUGAAGAGUGUAACCAAGAAGAAGACUCAGACUCCUGCACCAGUUCUCAGUCAUCAAUCUCUUAGUGAACUUCAGUGGAACUGCCAAUCCCAAUAUAAUCAUCUCCUCAUUUACAAGACCUUUCCUCUCCUCUCUUUUAUCCUCAGAGAUCUGCAAAUCAGACUGGUUGUGCUGGGAGUCAGCCACAUCUACUCUUCCUUGGCCACUAAUCACCUGAGCUGGGUCAAGGGGAUUCUGGGAGUUGAGAGCUCUACCAGGGUGAGAUGUUUCCUGCAAAGAGAUUCCCUACCCCUGUAACCCUUCACCAUAGUAAUCUACCGGUGCAUGAAAUUCUAUUAAAAAUGUGUUCUUCUGAAUAAAGAGAGUAUUCACUAUU